AUGGCAACAGCCGCCGCAGCUCUUCAACAAGCUCCGGUCACAUUCCAGUCCCGCACUCCAGUCUCAACUCGUGUAAGUUCUGUCAAGCCAGUAAAGUUCUCCUUUUCCGGCGGAUUAAGACUCCCAAAGCUAUCUAUCAAACUAACGGGGAAACCACGGCGCAGCGGAGGCGGCGGUGCCUCCGGAGCUAAGAUGGCUGAUUCCGCCGCAGGAAGUUAUGCCGCAGCACUGUUGGAGGUUGCAGUCGCAAAUGGAACACUAGAGCAGACUGUCAAAGACGUCGAAUUGGUCGAUCAGCUCUUCUCAGAAGACAGCUUACUCAGUUACUUCGUCAGCCCAAUCGUAAGCCUCGAAGACAAACGAGCAUUGCUCGAUGAUAUCACGGCGUCAGGUAAGCUCCAAGUACACGUCUGCAAUUUCAUCAACAUCUUAGUCGAGAGUAAGAGGAUCGAUAUGAUCAAGGAGAUCGUGAAGGAGUUCGAGCUGGCUUACAACAGGUUAACGAACACAGAGUUGGCCGUGGUAUCAUCGGUGGUGAAGCUUGAGGAACAGCACAUGGCGCAGAUCGCGAAACAAGUGCAGAAACUCACCGGAGCGAAGAACGUGAGGUUGAAGACGGUGAUUGAUGAGUCAUUGGUUGCUGGAUUCACAAUCAGGGGAAUACAAAAAUCGUUCAUAGGAGAUAAGAAUGUAUGUGUGGAUGAAUGCGGCGAGAGGGCUGUGGAUGGAACACAGAGAUUGCAUUCAUUAUUAUUCAGUGAUGUUGAUACGAGCAUACAGCCAAGCACAAUAUCAUUUCAUCUAUUUUAUGCCUGUCCAUUUCUAUUUCAGUGUACAUAG